GAACUUUAAAACCCACCCAUGUCUGCAGUCUCCCGCCAGAACGCUGGUUUCACUACUGUGACACGGCCCAGGAUUUCAUUCUUAAAAAAGUGUGAUGGGCCGUGACCUUUGAGAGCCACGGCUUCACUCAGUUCUCUACAAGAGUUCCUUCAGUCUUUCUGCUCGGUCCUUCGGGUCCGCCUUUCUCUCCCGAGGCUGUAAAUAGCUCCAGGCCCCUCCCACUUAAGGCCACCCCUUCUCACCUGAUUUGGAGAAGUGGUGGGAAGGAUAGCUGUUAUAAUAUGAUGCAGUGCAUUGCUGCUGGGCAUCAGAUUGUUGCUUUAGCAAAUUUGAGACCAGCUGAAAACCAAGCGGGGGCAGAUGAACUGGAUAGCUACAUGUAUCAGACAGUGGGUCAUCAUGCUAUUGAUUUGUAUGCAGAAGCAAUGGGUCUUCCUCUCUACCGCCGCACCAUAAGAGGAAGGAGUGUGGAUACAGGACGAGUGUAUACUAAAUGCGAAGGUGAUGAGGUCGAAGAUCUCUAUGAGCUUUUGAAACUUGUUAAGGAAAAAGAAGAAGUAGAGGGGAUAUCAGUAGGUGCUAUACUUUCUGACUAUCAGCGUGUUCGAGUAGAAAAUGUGUGUAAAAGGCUUAAUCUCCAGCCUUUAGCUUACCUUUGGCAGAGAAACCAGGAAGAUUUGCUCCGAGAGAUGAUAUCGUCUAACAUUCAAGCAAUCAUCAUUAAAGUAGCAGCUUUGGGUUUAGAUCCAGAUAAACAUCUUGGAAAAACCCUGGAUCAAAUGGAACCUUAUCUCUUAGAGCUUUCUAAGAAGUAUGGAGUCCAUGUUUGUGGAGAAGGAGGAGAGUAUGAAACAUUCACUUUGGAUUGCCCUCUAUUUAAGAAGAAAAUAAUUGUGGAUUCAUCAGAAGUGGUCACACAUUCAGCUGAUGCAUUUGCACCUGUUGCUUAUCUACGCUUUUUGGAAUUGCACUUGGAGGACAAGGUGUCCACAGUACCUGACAACUACAGAACAUCUAAUUAUAUACAUAAUUCUUGAAGAACAUUUUGAACAUUGUUUACUAAGCUGCCAAUUCUAUAUGAAAAAAACUACAUAACAUUUCCUCAACUAUUAUAUCGAGCUCAUUCUCUGCAUUUUUUAUUAGAAAUAUGUAUCUUUAUCAGAAGAAGUUAAUAGGAACAUUGAUGAUUGGGGAAAUGUGAAAGUCUCAUUCAUUAUUAUUGGUGACUUCCUCAGGAUUCACUUUCUCUGACUUUAGUUACCAUGUCCUAUCCAUGACCUGUACAUAAUAUGUGGUCUUUUUUCCCCUUUUACUUCAUCUCCAACUCUCAUUUCUGUAACAUUUAUUUUCCUUCAUCCCAUUGUUUUAUUUUUCUCCUUUUCUCUUUCCUGCUCUCAUUUCUGCCAGUUGUCUAAUGAUGCAGAGCAUUUGAAAAUCAGAAUGAAAAGGCAGUUUACUUAGCCAGUCAAGUUUAUUCUACUGUAUAUUACUGGCAUGACUUGUCAUUUUUUGUUUCGAUAUAGUAUUCAUUUUAUCAACAGUAUUGGACAAUCAGGAAGAGUAUCAUUAGGUCUGAGUAUUUUAUAACAAUUAAUAAUGCAAUUUUUAUAUCCAAUGGGAAGAAGUCUUUUCAACAAACGGUGUUUGGGAAACUGGAUAGCAACAUGCAAACAAAUGCAACUGGACCACUUUCUUACACCAUUCACAAAAAUAAAUUCAUAGGGGAAGGGAGGGAAAAAAAUGAAACAAGAUGAAACCAGAGAGGGAGACAAACCAUAAGAGACUUCAUCUCAGGAAACAAACUGAGGGUUGCUGGAGGGAAGAGGAGUGGGAGGGAUGGGGUAGCUGGCUGAUGGACAUUGGGGAGGGUGUGUGCUAUGGUGAGGAAAAAAAAAAUAAAAAGAAAAUUAAUUAAAAAAAGAUUGAAGACCUAAAUGUGGGACCUGAAACCACAGAAAUUCUAGAUGAAAACAAGGGCAAUAACCUCUUUGACAUCAGACAUGGCAACUUCUUUCUAGGUAAAAGCUCCUAAGGCAAGGGAAAUAAAAGCAAAAAUAAACUACUGGUACUUCAUCAAAAUAAAAAGCUUCUACACAGCAAACGGAACAAUCAACAAAACUAAAAGACAACCUAAGAAUAGGAGAAGAUAUUUGCAAAUGACAUAUCUGAUAAAGGGUUAGUGUCUGAAAUACAUAAAGAACUUAGAAAAUUCAAUACCCAGAAAACAAAUAAUCCAGUUAAAAAAUGGGCAGAAGACAUGGACAGAUGUUUCUCCAAAGAAGAUGUAGAGAUGGCCAACAGACAUAUGAAAAAAUGCUAAACAUCACUCAUAAGCAGGGAAAUGCAAAUCAAAACUACAAUGAGAUAUCAUCUCAUACCUGUCAGAAUGACUGAAAUAGCAGGUGUUGGUGAGGAUGUGGAGAAAGGGGAACUUUCAAUGUUGCAAUGUUGGUGGGAAUGCAAGCUAGUGCAGCCACUCUAGAAAACAGUGUGGAGGUUCCCCAAAAAGUUAAAAAUAGAACUGCCCUAUAAUCUAGCAAGCGCCAUUGGAUAUUUACCCAAAGAAUACAAAAAUACUAAUUCAACGGGAUACAUGCACCCCUGUGUUUAUAGGAGCAUUACUUACAAUAGCCAACUUAUAAAAAAAAAAAAAACCCACAAUAUUUUGGUAUUAUCUGUGCUGACUUUAGACAACUUUAUUUUGAAUAGACUUAAUUUUUUACAACAAUUUUGGAUCCACGGAAAAAUUGAGCAGAAGGAACAGAGAGUUCCCAUAUGCCCCCAGCCCUCACACAUGCAUAGCCUUCCCUGCUGUCAACAUCUGGCGUCAGAGUAGUACAUUUAUUACAAUCAAUGAACCCACAAACAAUGAAUGACACAUCUUUAUCACUCAAAGUACAUAGUUUACAUUAUGGUUUACUCUUAGUAUUGCAUACUCUAUGGGUUUGAACAAAUGUAUAGUGACAUAUAUCCACCAUUAUGGCAUCAUACAAAAUAGUUUCACUGCCCUGGAAAUUGUCAGUGCUCUGCCUGUUCAUCCUUUCUUUUCCCUCUUACCCCUGGUAACCAAUGACCUUGUUACUGUCUCUAUAGUUUUACCUUUUCCAGAGUGUCAUAUAAUUGCAGUCGGGUAAUGUGUAGCCAUGCUUUUUUCACACUGGCUUUUUUCACCUAGAAGAUAUGCAUUCAACUUUCUCCAUGUCUUUUCACGAGUUUUAAGUGUUGAGAAUUGCAUUGUCUGGAUAUACCACAGUUUACUUCUCAUUCACCUACCGAAGAACAUCUUGGUUACUUCUAAGUUUUGGCAAUUAUAAGUAGAGCUGCAAUAAAUAUCCAUGUGCAGGUGUUCGUCCUCAACUCCCUUGGGUAAACACCAAGGAGUGUGAUUGCCAGAUUGUACUGUUAAGAAUAUGUUUAGUUUUGGGCGCCUGGGUGGCUCAGUGGGUUAAGCCGCUGCCUUCAGCUCAGGUCAUGAUCUCAGGGUCCUGGGAUCGAGUCCCGCAUCAGGCUCUCUGCUCAGCGGGGAUCCUGCUUCCUCCUCUCUCUCUCUGCCUGCCUCUCUGCCUACUUGUAAUCUCUCUCUGUCAAAUAAAUAAAUAAAAUCUUUAAAAAAAAAAAAAGAAUAUGUUUAGUUUUGUAAGAAACCACCAAACUGUACUCCAGUGUGGCUGUACAAUUUUAUAUUCCCACUGUCAAUAAAUGAGAAUUCCUGUUGCUCUGCAUCUUCA